UACCCAGGGCCGAGGCUCCGCCCCGUCAGCGACUUCGGGGCGCUCAGGUUUGGGGUGACCGUCAGGCGAUCAGGGGGAUGGACGCGGCGCGGAAUGGCGCGCGAGGCAAUAUGGAGAGCCCGCCCGACAGGAAGGUCUACAUGGACUAUAAUGCCACCACACCUCUAGAGCCGGAAGUCAUCCAGGCUGUGACAGAGGCCAUGAAGGAAGCCUGGGGAAACCCCAGCAGCUCAUACGUGGCAGGUAGGAAGGCCAAGGACAUUAUAAACACAGCUCGAGCGAGCCUGGCCAAGAUGAUAGGGGGAAAGCCCCAGGACAUCAUCUUCACUUCCGGGGGCACCGAGUCAAAUAAUUUAGUAAUCCACUCUAUGGUGAGGUGUUUCCACGAACAGCAGGCCCUGAGGGGGCGUGUGGCUGACCAGCACAGCCCGGAGGAGGGGACCAGGCCCCAUUUUAUCACUUGCACGGUGGAACACGACUCCAUCCGGCUGCCCCUGGAGCACCUGGUGCAAGAUCAGAUGGCAGAGGUCACUUUUGUCCCGGUGUCGAAGGUGACCGGGCAGGCUGAGGUGGAGGAUAUCCUGGCGGCUGUCCGUCCCACCACGUGCCUUGUGACCAUCAUGUUGGCCAAUAACGAGACCGGCGUCAUCAUGCCUGUCUCCGAGAUUAGCCGUCGUAUUAAAGCCCUGAACCAGAUCCGGGCGGCCUCGGGACUGCCCCAAGUCCUGGUGCACACGGACGCCGCCCAGGCACUGGGGAAGAGACGAGUGGAUGUUGAGGACCUGGGUGUGGACUUCCUGACCAUCGUGGGCCAUAAGUUCUACGGCCCCAGGAUCGGUGCUCUGUAUGUACGAGGGGUCGGUAAACACACCCCCCUGUACCCCAUGCUGUUUGGAGGUGGACAAGAGCGGAAUUUCAGGCCAGGGACCGAGAACACGCCCAUGAUUGCUGGCCUUGGGAAGGCUGCUGAUCUGGUGAGCGAGAACUGUGAGACAUAUGAGGCCCACAUGAGAGACAUCCGGGAUUACCUGGAGGAGAGGCUGGAGGCUGAAUUUGGCAAGAGAAUCCAUUUGAACAGCCGGUUUCCAGGAGUGGAGAGGCUUCCAAACACCUGCAACUUUUCCAUCCAGGGGUCCCAGCUCCAAGGGUACAUGGUCCUUGCACAGUGCCGGACGCUGCUGGCCAGCGUGGGAGCUUCGUGCCACUCAGAUCAUGAGGACCGGCCAUCCCCAGUGCUGCUGAGCUGCGGCAUUCCUGUGGCUGUGGCCCGGAAUGCAGUCCGGCUCAGCGUGGGCCGUAGCACCACCAGGGCUGAAGUGGACCUCAUCGUGCAGGACCUGAAGCAGGCCGUGGCCCAGCUGGAAGGCCGGGUCUAGAGCUAGCAGCCACUCUUUCCCCUCCAUGGCUACCGGGACUUUGGCUGCUCAGUCCAUAGGAAACCGCUUGUGAAAGCCCCUGGCCCCUAAACUGCCCCUUCUCAAGAGCUGCACGGAGAUGACUUGUCUUACUGUGGGGUCCAGAGCGAUGAGGGGCCGCCCACCGCACAGAAUCCCAAUCGUCCCAUCCUUACAGGCUCAGGACAACCGUGUCACAUAGGACUUCCCCCUGUCACCUUCCGACAAAGGCCACAGGGGAAUAGGAAUAUUCCAGUUGUCAGGCAGCCUGCUAGAACUGCCUGACCCCAGAAGGCACCUUGGCCAGAAGACAAAAUCCAAGUCUUGGUCCAGUGUCACUUAGCUGCUAGUGUGAGAAUAGGAAAGUUGAUUUCGUCUCCACCCAUGGCCUCCUGGGUGCACCUACAGACACACCCCUCCCCAGUACAGCCCCGCCUCUUUCCUCUGCCCUCGGCCAGUCACUGCCCGCCUGCUUCCCUGGCCUGAGGGUCCCCAGAUGAGGCCUAAUGCCCUGUCCCCGAGGUCACCGCUCACCCUGCCCUCUGCUCAGGGAUCCACCUCCAGUGAGGCUGAUGCCUGAUCUGUCUUUGCCAAAGUGGGAAAUCUGAUCAUUUCUCGCUCAGAUUCAAUUUUGAUUUUAUUUGCAAAAGGUUUUGCCGUCUUGAGGAUGUGUGGCACACAUCGCACCAAGGUUUAUAUAGGAAUAUCUUCUUGGAGGAUGCUUUGAGCACGUGGGUCUGUGGUCCGAAGGAUGACACAACCCAUGGAAACAGCUGUUAAAUGAACAGAAAUUAAAUGAACUAAUGAAAGAUGUCUGCA